GCUGAUUGGAUGUGAGACGCUGGGCAUUGGAUGACGCACCGGACAUGCUGCUUCUGGAGGCGGAGCUACUCUCUGGUGUACUACGAUCAUUAUAAGGAUCAUGAUUUUCCACCUGUCUGUUCGCUCCAAUCCAAUGUUACGGAAAACAAAUCUGGAUGUGUGGAGAGCAUGGAGGUCAUGGAAGUUAAGCCUGCACUCUUCUACAGUUUGUGCAUCUUCUGGUACUGGUCCCCUGGACAGAUCUGAAGAACUGUCUUCCGUUUCAUCUGAAAAGCCUCCUCACACGCCUGUCAUGGUUAAAGAGGUGCUUCAUUACUUAGACAUCCAGCCAGGUCAGGUGGUUCUAGACAUGACAUUUGGUGGUGGUGGUCACACCAAAGCAAUUCUGAAUUUGGUCCCUGAAGUCACAGUCCUGGCCUUAGACCGAGAUCCUACAGCCAUUUCUCUGGCUCAGCAAUUGGCCAAGGAAUACUGUGGUCGUGUGAAACCAUUGAUUGGCAGAUUUAGCGAGCUUGAAGCCCUGUUGUCUGACAUGAACAUUGAGCCAGGCAGCGUGGAUGCUGUCCUGUUGGAUGCUGGCUGCUCCUCCAUGCAGAUGGACGUGGCGCAGAGAGGCUUCUCCCUCAGCAAGGAUGGGCCCCUGGAUAUGAGAAUGGAUUGUGAGAGGUACCCCGACAUGCCCUGCGCUGCUGACGUUGUGAAUACCUUAGAUCAACAGGCUCUCGCAUCCAUCCUCACUGCAUAUGGGGAAGAAAGACAAGCCAGGAAAAUAGCUUCAGCUAUUGUUGAGGCACGCCGAGUCAACCCCAUCACCCGGACACAGCAGCUGGCCAGCGUGGUGGCAGGGUCGUUUCCUCCAGCUGUCCUUUACGCCCGUAAAGACCGACUCCAACGGUCUGCACACAUAGCCACUAAGACUUUCCAGGCUCUGCGUAUCUUUGUGAAUGAUGAGCUGAACGAACUUCACGCAGGACUGAGUGCUGCCCGGUCGGUACUGGCACCUGGAGGACGUCUCUGCGUGAUCACUUUUCACUCACUAGAAGACAGACUGGUUAAACGUUACCUCCAGGGAGAAGACUUGUCCAAUCUAGAUCACUUCAGCCCGAGGAAGCAAGGCAGUGGGAAGCAAAAACUGGUAGAUGUAAACAGAGAAAGUGGAGAGGUUUACUGGCUUCCUCUGCGGAGAAAAGUCAUUACCCCAGAAAGGGACAAUGUAAAUGAGAAUCCUCGAGGACGCUCUGCCAAACUUAGGGCAGCACUCAGACGUUAACAAUUUUUUUUAAAUAUGAGGGAAUUGAAAUUCUUUCUCUUUUCAUCACAUUUUUAAGCUUUUAUACAGAUAGAGAUUUUGUUUUAACAAUUGACACGUAAGGAGGUUAAGCAAAGGGUGCAAAUGCAACUAUAUCUGUCUGCUGCCUUCUUUUUGUCUUGACUGCACAUUUUGGAUUUUUUCUGUUUCAACUAUCACAAUUAAAGUGGUGGAAAGCCAUUGAGGGUUGUAUGCCAUCACCAACAAUUGUUGGUUAAGGCCCUGCAUAGUGAUGGAUGAACUGUGGAUAAGAGAGAGAAUGAUUCUGACAUACAAUAUGACCCGGGGUUUGAGCCCAGAUUUUUAUUUUAUAUUGGCAGGUGAAAGAAAUAAUUGGUGGGACCAUGUGUCUAUAGAGGUGAGCAGUGACAAAAACGUGUGUGCUUAGUAAACUGGACUUUCCAAAUUGGGGUAGGUGGUUUCACUUUCAUCUCACUGUCUUCAAUAAGUGCUUGGAGCUGGUUAAGGUGUCAUCUGGAAACUUUGGUCAUGUACAGUAAUAUAGCAUUGUUCCACAUUUAGCUCACACAACGACACCAAUCCAUUCACUCUAUGAAUACUGUAACAUGUGAUUGAGAGCUGUGAAAGCUAAUAAAUUGACCUUUGAUCUAAGAUUAAUUAAGGUCAAGAAGUGAACUUCCAAUAAUAAAAUAAAUGAAGAUAGAUUAUUAAUUAGAAGGGAUGAUAAUGUCUACAGUUUAAUAUAAUAUAAAGUAUGUACUUAAAGUUUUGCUUCGAGAAGAAAAAACUUUAGGUUGCCACUUCCAAACUCCAAUUGCGCUGGUCCAUCUUUCUCUCACCUUCCUUUAGCUCGAAACUCGACUGAAAACCACACAUUGUGUGAAAGCUGGUUAAAAAUUGAUGUUAACAGUUUUUUUUACCAGAGUGAAAGUAUUUAAUCUUUUUGUUUGCCUUUUGAUGAUGCGGGGUAAAAUGUCCAACAUUUUAUAAUACAUAAAAUGUUGGACAUUUUACCCCGCAUCAUUGCAACACUAUGGUUUGAUCCUCACUGUUAGGAUCCUGUAUGAAUUAAAGCUUUCUGUUUGCCAUUUAAAUAAAUAAACUUUUCUUG